CAGUUGGCCGAGUUUCUGAAAAGGCCGCAUUGCCCCAAAGGAGAGAUUUCUGGUAGAAGCCUGAAGGUCUGAUCCAGGAAAAACAGUCGGGUAUAGCCAAUGAAUUAAGAACGAAGGUUUCCACUCAGUCCCUGCUAUGUGGAUAUUUGUUAGCAAUGACUGAUGUGGAAACUACAUAUGCAGAUUUUAUUGCAUCGGGAAGAACGGGUAGAAGAAAUGCAAUACAUGACAUCCUGGUUUCCUCUGCGAGUGGCAACAGCAAUGAAUUAGCCCUGAAAUUAGCAGGUCUUGAUAUCAACAAGACAGAGGGUGAAGAAGAUGCACAGCGAAAUUCGACGGAACAAAGCGGAGAAGCUCAGGGGGAAGCAGCGAAAUCCGACAGCUAACACCCCGUUCUGAUCUUCAUCAGCACCUGACGAUGUCUCACACCUCCAGGCCUGGCCGGAACGCACUGGUCUCCAGGAGCGAGAAGGGGAAAAAGAAAAUGGCCGUGUCGCAUCGCAGGAGCCUGCUCACUGUCGUGUUAAAAGUGGGGGCAGAGGCUGUGGCUGCAGGCAGACUUUUCUCUACCUCUGUCAUUAGCAAUGGCUGAAAUCAUGUGGCCUGUGCUCGGAUGUCAUUUUUGUAUGGAUCCUUUCACUUGACCAUAUGAUGAAAUGCUUGUAGAGAGUAGCACUGACCUAGGUGAUGAUUCUUCCUGUAGCAUCUGGCCCCUCACGAUGUCAGAGGAUUUAAUUGUGUCUAAUUGCAAAGGGUUGGUUGAACCCCGGAGUUUAAAGAACUCUGGCCCAAGUAUUCACCCAGUAAGAGAACCAUCCAGAAAGCACUGUUUUUAGCAUUAUGUAUCUGUGUGUUCCUGCUGUGUGAUUUACACUGUUUUGUAUUGUACAGUAUAGGCGCUCAGCACUGCCCCUUCUGAUUGCUCAUGAAAAACAAAAUUAAUGUACAUUACUGUGAAUUUUUAUACCACUCAUUUUUAAAAGGGCUGCCUUUUUUUCUUCUCCAUAGUGUGGUGGUGUACACAGGAUAGAACACCUUUUUUUUUUUUUUUAACUUAAUCUUUCCCCUCCAUUCACUGCUGAUGAAUUGAUUAAGCCUGAGAGAUUCGUCGAGUCUCCUUUGCUUUUAUUAUACAGGCCUUUGAAAAUAUCCGUUAAUGUGAAUAUUACCCGAAUUCAGUGUGUCUGCCGUCUGCACAGACCAGAAUUCAACCUACAAAUUUUACUUUAUUCCCAAGGGGAGAACUUUUCCCAACUAAUAUUUUGCUUUUUAAUUGUGAGGAUCUGAGAGAAUGGGAAAGGUGGGAAAGAGAAGCCGAGAUGACACUAACAACCAGAAACGUUUUGUUCUUUUGGAAUCAAAUUUCCCACAAUGCCGUAUGCUACUAUUUACAUGUUGAGGACAGCGGGUCUCCAGGGCGCUGAGAAAGAUGGAGAAAUGGAUCUCCUUGCCAUCAUGUGGACACCAAUCACAAAAGUGAAGCCCUCGUGUUGUGUUUUUCAUGUCUUUUUUCAGCCCGAUCAGAUUCAAAUGUUAUGAUACACUUUUUAAUGUUUGUAAACUUUUACUAAUAAUUAGUGUGAACUGCAUUCGGAUACAGUAAUGAUCCUCAUUAGAAGCUAACAAAACCCGCAGUAAUGCUGCGGGCGGCCUCAGCUGUGUUUUGGCAUCGUGGUUCUUAUCUGGAAAGUUUCUGUGAGCUGUGUGAUAACCUUGGGUCGGUAUUAUGAACGCAGUUAUCAGUGGUAAUAAAUCAGGAACCAGUACCAGGCCGACGGCUCAUGAAUUACUGGACAAAUAGCAGACAGCGGGAAGACCUGUUACCAUAAAGAGCCCACUUAACUCCUCCAGGGCUCAGGUACAGACCCAUGUGAACUAGGUUAAUCAGCAUCUCAGCAGGUGACCGAUCUGGACCUACCAGCAACCCAGGCCUCCUUGGUACUUGCGUACAGGGUGAAGGUAAGUCUGCCCUCAUCUCCCUUCACACUACUUUUUGGAUGAGCGGGAUGAGGGCAUGGACACCAUCUGGUCCUCAGUCACUUAUAACUAGGAAAAAAUGUGAAUAGUGUGAGUCUCUCAAAAAAUAGAAAGAGGAAAAAUUAAGUCCUAGAGCGCUUCCUUCUAGCUAAACCGUUAGGGUCCAAAACAUCCAGUUAAAAUUCGAUAGACUUACGAGUGGGGAAAGCGGUUCCCAAGGCUGUUGUAGACAAUCUCUGCUAGUCCACUUAAAACGUCUCGCUCAUAAAAUCGCCUUUUCAAUCCUCGUUUACUAUCCUCAUAGCUUUCUUGUGAAUCUAGCUUAAGUCCCCUUCGUCCUUAGAAUUGUGGAAUUCCAAACUGAUCUCACGUGGUUUUGUGAAGUUUAGGACUAGUGCUGAGUAUAUGUGGAGGGUUUAUAUUCCUAUGUGAUAUACUGUGAUUAAUGCAUGUGACGUCAUGCUUGUCUCCGAAUAUAUAAAUAGUGCUAAACUGCGAA